UCUGAGACAAACAGGGACUGGAAAAUACUGAUAACAUCAUACUCAAUGAACACACGCACAUAACCACAGUUGCCAGAACUUUCUAAGAACAAUGGGAAAACAGGAAACCUACACACCAAAUCACCCAGCAGCCAGAACAGCACACACACAUACAUGCAGAGGGAGCAAUGAGGCAAAGAACAUCUUGACAUUUUGGUGGUGGUCCAGAUCAUCACUAAGGAACUUAGUGAUAUAAACAGGUAAGGUAUACAUGCUCGGUCAGCCCAGCAAUAAAGGAAACCCACUUUUUGCAACCCUGUCUCUGUGUCAAUUCUUCUCAGAGUUUUGGCAGCAUGAUAUACAUUUUGUAUACAUUAACUACGACAAUAUAUGAUACAAGAUAUGUUACAAGGUAAUUUAUUCAUCACUACACAACACUGGGCUGCAUAACAAGAUUACAGAACAUACAUACAGUUAUUUAUAUACAAAUAUACAUGAACAUGUAAUGCAUCUUUUGAAUCUGCGUCAGAUGGAAUGCAAACAGCAGCAGAAGGAUGUGAUGAUAGUGUGGUCAACGUCUUCAUAUCAAAAGUUUGACAUCUGGGAAACAGCGUCCAUCACCGAGCAUCGAUGUUAGCCCACCUCUCGUCAUCCUGCUGUCGUCUCAGACAAUUCUGAUACUGUCAAGGCCGAACUUUUAAUUUAUCCAGAGAGACAACAUCUUCAGGAUGAACUGGCACAAACAAUAGUUCAGACACUCAUGGUCCACAGAGGAUGAAUCAUAAUGACUCUCCAAGAUGAGGACAAAGGCUCCCUGUAAGGGAUGACACCAUCUGUGUAUGUCUGCAAACAACGGAUACCGUCUGCUCACUUGGACUACACAGUAAUAGGAACACUUAUUCUCCGGGGCUUGAAUAAUUGUAAACAAAUCUGAGUAGAAAUGAGGAGACUUCACUGUUUCACAGUAGGAUUCUUCCUGCUUACAGUCAGGGCAGAAAAAGACGAUUCCCAAGGUUACGGCGCAGAACAAACAGAAGGCACAACUGUCACAAAAGAUCUGCUCGUGAAAGAGGAAAAUGCAACUGGUCAUGGCACAGCAGCAAUACCUACAGAGAAUACGCUUCGACACGCCAAGUUUCCAGGGGCCGACUUGUUUGACACCAGACCAGCGGCACCUGAUGAGACAACACAAACCACAAAAGCACCGGCUGUGAUUGCCCCGCCGAGCAGAGAGGGGUUUGUUUCCAGAGAUGGGCAAAACUCUCACACAUCCACCACAGACAAUCCAUCAGCUGGGAGGAUUCACACUGAACCAGAAUUCCCACUGAUGCCUAAUUAUGAGGAGAUCGUUUACUCUUCUGCACAAGCUGAAUUUGGAUCAAUGAUGAAUGGCAGCUCUGAGCCAGAAGUCCAUUUGUCCGCAGAUGAACUGAAAGCUCCUCUUUUACUUCACACUCUGCUUGAUAAGGGGAAUCAGAGGAACACUGACUCUAUUACUCUCACAUCUGCUGACAGAGGGCCGGGAGUUCCAGUCCUAUCUGCAUCUCAUCCUCGUGUAAUUGAUAACCUGGCUGCACCGCGUAAUGACAGUGAUGAAAAACAAUCUCAAGGCAAGGAUGAAAAGGGGAUUUCAAACCUGGAUAGGAAUGAUUAUCCGUUUGGUACGGUGCAAUCCAUCUUCCAAAGUGAUACAGGAGAAGAUUCGGUCAGAGGAAGCGCUGUGACAAACUUGUGUUUGACCUGCCUCAAAGAUCGAAGACUGCCGUCCACUGAGAAAUCUGUGGCUGUGCCUGUGCCAUCACCUCAGGACACUUCAGACUCUCCUGGUAUAGAGGGGCUCGCUUUAGAUUCCAAUCAAUUUGAAACCUCCUUACCCAGUUUAUAUCAACAGCCAACUGGAAAACAAGAGAUAACACUGAACAAAGACAUCAGUCACCAAAACAUUAGCAAGCUUUCUAGUUUCGGAGUGACUGAAGAACUGGUUUACAAUCUGACAUUUGCUUCUUUAUCCGACAAGAAAACUGUGAAUCAUAGUCAAGGCAUAUUGAAUACUUCCCAAAUUAAAGCCUUUCUUACAGAUACAGCAACAGCUGCAAGGAACACGUAUGCCACUAGAGCUGUCGUCACAGAGAGACCAAACUUGACAACCACAGCAUUUUAUCGCUCUUCAAAGCCACUUUAUUCUGUGAGGAAACCAGUGAGAAGUGGAGAACAAGAAAUGUUUGGAAUAAAUAAUUGA